AUGUUUAUGGUCAAGAAUUUCACCAAAUAUCUUUUCGGAGACGGCUCCAAGGAGACCAUCAUUGAGAUUCCUCAAGGUCAACUAUACCUAGUGCGGCCCCUCUCGCCCAAAGGCUACUCUGAGCUCAUCUACAAAGACGCUGUCGCAUCGAUCCGACGGACAGGCCAGGAAUUCCAGUACCAGCUUGUUGUACAGCGUGCGUACGAGGAAGGCGAAGAGGAGCUUGCAGAGGAUGAUGAGGGUGAGGCAAAUGCGCUAGACACAGAUGAGAAGACCUUCCUGCUAGAUCAGGCUCUACACUUCAGAUCAGACAAGCGAGACGGCGGCGAACAUGUCUUUGCAUGGCGGGACCUGAGUGGCGACGUCGGCGACCUCUACGAAUUUGUGUGCGACUCAAGUGUUGCCUCCGAGAAGUCUGAGACGUUUGCUCUGGCUGCAGUCGAAUGCCAGUACGAGCGCAAAUACCGCAAGAAAGCCGAAUUCGCGACCGACGACGAGCUCAAGGAGUUUGAAUUUUCCAACGAAGACUCCAUCCCGCUAGCCGAGUCGAUAUCACAAGAAGAGCGUGCACCCACUGCGAAAGAAUCUACAACACAUAUGGCUAAGGAGGUCAAAUCAUCAAAGAAGAAGCCAAUCGCCGCUGCCAAUACUGCAGCACAGCGUACGGAAGCACCACCAGCACAGGCCGCCCCAUCUCAAGGCGAAGAGAUCGUCAAACAGCACGCAGAGCUACACUUGUUCGACUUCGAAUCCGCCUCGUUCAGUCCAGUUGACACAGACGUCGUGGCAACAGUCUCAGAUCUUGGCAGUUGGCGAUACUGGCUACAAAUCAACUCUGCCGACGGAAAGCCACAUCUCGGCCAGGAGGUCAUCGCAGACAUCAGUCCUGUUUUCAACUUCGAAUACCUCUCAUUCAUCUGGAAUCACUACACCGAGGAUGGAUCAGCAUAUUCAUGGCUUCUGCGAUUCAAGAACCGAGAAGUGCUCGAAAAUUUCCAAGAAGGUCUCAUGCAGGCGCUGUGGGAGCAAUUGAACGAGCAGAAAUGGGCAAAGGUCAAGGAUCAAGCAGAGAAGGACUACGUCUUUGAGGCAUUCAACGAUCUUACAAUGGACGACGCACCUCCUGUCGAUGAAGAGGAGGAAGAGGAGGACGAAGCUGAAGACGACCGCCCGCGGAGCGAGCACUAUGACAGUGAUGAGUCCGACGAAGAUGUUGAUCCACACCACAAGGAUGAGGGCACGAAUUCGCUUCUGGCUGUCGGAGGCACCAACGAUCGAUCAUACGUUGUCCGUGGCUCCAAGAUCGGUGUCUUCAAGCAUCUACCAAACAAGCGACUCGAUUUCAGCACAAGUAUCAGCAAGAUCGACACACCCAGCGGAAAGAAGUUCAGCCCCACCAAAGUCAUGCUGCACGCCUCCGACCGAGAUCUCGUCCUACAAGAUGCCGCCAAUCCAAAUUCUCUGUACCGCAUGGAUCUCGAGCGUGGAAAGGUAGUUGACGAGUGGAAGGCCCACGAUGACAUCCCAGUUGUCGGCUUCGGCCCAGAAACCAAGUUUUCUCAGAUGACUGACGCACAGCCCUUCAUCGGCCACUCACGAAAUGCCCUCUUCCGCCUCGACCCUCGUGUCUCCGGUAAUAAGCUAGUUGAAUCUGACAUGAAGCACGACAUCCGCCUCUUUGACCGUCUCGGAGUCAAUGCCAAAACCCAAGUGCCCGCUCUUGGUGACCCCAUCAACGGCAUCGACGUCAGUGCCGAUGGCCGCUGGAUCCUCGGCACGUGCACAAACUAUCUCCUCUUGAUCGACGCUCUUCAGACCGAGGGCCGCUACGAAGGCAAGCUGGGUUUCGAGCGCUCGUUCGCCAAGGACUCCAAGCCCAAGCCUCGCCGCCUCCAGCCUUCCCCAGAACACAUCGCACAAAUCCGUCAUGUCACAGGCAAGCCUCUCAGCUUCACACAAGCCAAGUUCAACAUCAGCCAAGACGGCAAGGAAACCUCGAUCAUCACCUCCACUGGCCCAUACGUGAUCACCUGGACGAUGAAGAAGGUUCUGGCUGGCGACAAGGAUAGCUACAGAAUCCGCAAGUAUGGCGAGGAUGUCAUGGCGGACAGCUUCGAGUAUGGGACGGACAAGCAUGCUAUCCUGAUGUUGCCGAAUGAGGUCGACAUGGUCGCGAGGAGUAGCUUGAAGCGGCCGACAAGGGAGAGUAUCAUGGCGCCGGGGGCGAGACUUAGUGGCUGGGUCCGACGACGCCGAGGAGAAGUGCGGGCGGGAGGGCUUCGAAGUUGA